AUGUGGUUUACUGAGUUAAUGAAUUUCAGGCUGGUGGCCCCUUCUAUCCUUUGCAUACUGGAAGGAAAGAGCACUCUUUCUUUCCGUGACCUUGCAACAUAUGAGCUUCCUUAUCCGGAAGAUGAUCUGCCGCAGACGCUUGCAUCCUUUGCAUCAAGGGGAUUUGAUGAAAGAGAAACUGUCAGCCUCUUCGGUGCUCACAGCAUUGGAAUGAUCCAGUGCCAAUUCUUCGAAAACCGUCUCUACAAUUUCAGUGGUACUCAUAAGCCGGACCCAUCUUUGGAUGUUGAAUUCCUUCGCCUCAUGAGAUCAAGAUGCAACAACAGUCACUCGGUACCUGCUCCAGCACAAAACCCUCCUUUUUACGGAUUUGUGUCAUCAACGAGAGCACCAUCCCAAUUCCACAUAAACUCGCAGCAACCCUCAUCUGAGGAGGCAGGAAUGGCAAUGGAAUAUGAGGGACCUAGAUCAGCUUUUGGCACCGUGUACUACCGGAAUCUUUUGCAAGGCAAAGGAAUCCUCUAUGCUGAUCAGCAGCUGACGAUUAGGGCAGAAACUUGCAAUUGGGUUACAGCAUAUGCUUUUGAUGCCUACUUGUUCCGUCGUGAUUUUGCCAUGGCAAUGAUGAAGCUGUCGGACCUCCAAGUCUUGACAACACCAAUGGGUCAGAUCCGGCUCAAUUGUUCAAAAGCGGUAUGAUAAGACAUGUUCCAAUUGUAAUAUACUUGAUUUGUUUUUCUU